AUGCUUCUGGCCCAUGGCACUGAUGUGAACGCACUGCCAUAUGCCGACGGAAGGGUCCAUGGAUGUGACAUCAAGAUCGCCGCAUCACAGGGUUAUCAUCAUUUGGUCCGCGCCCUUUUGGACCAUAGAGCAGAUUUGAAUUGUGAAUCGCAGACCCCCAUCAUUGCUGCGGCACAAGGUGGACAUGAAGAAGUAGUGCAGCUUCUGCUUGAGAUGGCGCGAGAAUGGAAGAAGCAUUCAUCAGUUUGUAGAUGGAAGACAAGUCCAUCUGCUGGAAUAUCUCCUAAAAACAAAAGGGUGCGGAUGUCUAGGCGAAAGGUCAACCAAGCCAAACCAUCGGCAUGA